AUGACAAUAUCUUAUAAUGGCAGCCUCCAAAAAGCCACUUUCUUCCUAACAGGCUUCCAAGGUCUGGAAGCUCUCCAUGGCUGGAUCUCUAUUCCCUUCUGCUCCAUCUACUUGACAGUUAUUGUAGGAAACCUUACCAUCCUCCACAUCAUCCAUACCGAUGUCACCCUCCAUGAACCCAUGUACUAUUUCUUGGCCAUGCUGGCCCUGACAGACUUGGGCCUUUGCCUAUCUACACUGCCCACUGUGUUGGGCAUCUUCUGGUUUGAUGUCAGAGAGAUUACCAUCCCCGCCUGCUUCACUCAGCUCUUCUUCAUCCAUACCUUGUCACUGGUAGAGUCUUCAGUUCUACUGUCCAUGUCCAUUGACCGCUAUGUGGCCAUUUGCAAUCCAUUGCGUUACUCCAUGGUCUUGACACCUGCACGUAUCAUCAAGAUGGGGCUGAGCUCAAUUCUUAGAAGUGCCCUGCUCAUCCUGCCCCUGCCAUUCCUCCUUAAACGCUUCCAGUACUGCCGCUCCCAUGUGCUGGCCCAUGCCUAUUGUCUGCACCUAGAGAUCAUGAAGUUGGCCUGCUCUAGCAUCAUUGUCAAUCACAUCUAUGGGCUCUUUGUUGUGGCCUGCACUGUUGGUGUGGAUUCACUGCUCAUCUUCCUCUCCUAUGCCCUCAUCCUCCGCACUGUGCUAAGCAUUGCCUCCCGCCAGGAGCGACUUCAGGCCCUCAACACCUGCGUCUCUCAUAUCUGUGCUGUGUUACUCUUCUACAUCCCCAUGAUUGGCUUGUCUCUUGUGCACCGCUUUGGUGAACAUCUGCCCCGUAUUGUACACCUCCUCAUGUCUUAUGUGUAUCUGCUGGUCCCACCUCUCAUGAACCCCAUUGUCUACAGUAUGAAAACCAAGCAAAUCCGUAUCCGCAUUGCUAAGAAGCUUGAGAUUGUAAAAUCCCUUAAGUGUUUUCGAUAG